UUGGAGAGCGGAAGCGACUAUUUAUUUAUUUAUUUAUUUAUUUAUUUAAAGCUAAAAAGAGGAGCGGAAGCCCGUGAGGAUUGUUUUGAAAGUGUUUCUGUUUUGUAACCACGAUUGCAAUAAGAAAAAAGAAACUUACCUUCCCAGUACAACGCAAAGGCAAAGGGAGAGGGAGCACAGAACCGGAGAGAGCUGCUUAUCAACAUGACUGUUUUCCGAUGAAGAAGCUGAGUUGAUGGUGGUGGCGGGGUGAUGAGUUGCGGAAAGGGGAACGGUCUUCAAGUCUGGGAUCUCUGGCAGUGAAUGCAAUAUUAAUAAUUAAAGAUUGGGAAGCAGCUCGGCAAUACAACAGCCAGAAGAAAGCGCGUUCAAAGGUGCGGGGCUUUAAAGAAAGCAUCAGCGCAUAGAGUCUACUGGGGAGGCACAAGCAAGUCCAAAAGAGCAGUACCGUGUGUCUGAAGCAAGUCCAAAAGAGCAGUACCGUGUGUCUGAAGCAAGUCCAAAAGAGCAGUACCGUGUGUCUGAAGCAAGUCCAAAAGAGCAGUACCGUGUGGGGCUUAAUACCCUGAUGAACAGGGUGGGAAGUGUACACCGUUUGGCAUAGUAAGAAGUUUUCAGAACCUCACAACUAGGAAGGUGAGCUACGCCAAGUCAAGGCGAGAGGACCCAGCCGGCCCCGAAGGAGUGUGAUCAUGGUGCAGAAGUACCAGUCGCCCGUUCGGGUGUACAAGCACCCUUUCGAGUUGGUCAUGGCGGCGUAUGAAAGAAGAUUCCCCACCUGCCCUCUGAUCCCCAUGUUCGUGGACAGCGACACUGUGAGCGAGUUCAAGAGCGAGGACGGGGCCGUGCACGUGAUAGAGAGGCGGUGCAAGCUGGACGUGGACGCGCCCAGGCUGCUAAAGAGGAUUGCUGGGGUGGACUAUGUGUACUUUAUCCAGAAGAACUCCUUGAACAGAAGGGAGCGGACCCUGCAGAUAGAGGCCCGCAAUGAAACCUUCUCCAGCAGAGUCAUCAUCAACGAGUUCUGUUGUUACACUGUUCACCCGGAGAAUGAAGACUGGACUUGUUUUGAGCAGUCUGCAAGUCUGGAUAUCAAAUCUUUCUUUGGCUUUGAAAGCACUGUGGAAAAGAUUGCGAUGAAGCAAUAUGCCGGCAGUAUUAAAAAGGGCAAAGAGAUCAUUGAGUAUUACCUGAAGGAACUGGAAGAUGAGGGUGUCGCCUUCAUACCCCGCUGGAGUCCUGCUGUAGCUCCCCCUGCCCAGCCAGAGCGUCCAGUCUCUGCAGCCAUCUCCAUCCCUGCUGCCUGCGCCAAGGAGAGCCACGGCAGCAAGGAGGCCCUUGGGGCCCCUGGGAGUCCGGCAGAGCCCCUUGCCGGCACUCCUGAUGACAAACUGGAUGCAGAUUACAUCAAGCGCUAUCUAGGAGAUCUGAUGCCUCUGCAGGAAAGCUGCCUGAUUCGACUGCGGCAGUGGCUGCAGGAGACACAUAAGGGCAAGAUUCCGAAGGACGAGCACAUCCUGCGCUUUCUGCGCUCUCGUGACUUCAACAUGGACAAGGCAAGGGAGAGCCUGUGCCAGUCCCUGACCUGGAGGAAGCAGCACCAGGUGGACUACCUGCUGGAGACGUGGAGCUCCCCGCAGGUGCUGCAAGACUACUACACUGGGGGCUGGCACCACCACGACAAGGAUGGUCGCCCUCUCUAUGUGCUCCGUCUGGGACAGAUGGAUACCAAGGGACUAGUCCGGGCACUUGGGGAGGAGUCUCUGCUUCGACAUGUCCUGUCAAUCAAUGAAGAAGGGCUGAGACGAUGCGAGGAAAAUACAAAAGUCUUCGGACGACCAAUAAGCUCCUGGACCUGCCUUGUGGACCUGGAAGGCCUUAAUAUGAGGCACCUGUGGCGGCCGGGAGUGAAGGCGCUGCUGCGGAUCAUCGAGGUGGUGGAAGCAAACUACCCCGAGACCCUGGGGCUCCUCCUCAUUCUCCGAGCACCGAGGGUCUUCCCUGUCCUCUGGACUCUGGUCAGUCCGUUCAUCAAUGAAAACACUCGCAAGAAGUUCCUCAUCUACGCGGGAAAUGACUACCAGGGUCCGGGAGGGCUGGUCGAUUACAUUGACAAAGAGGUCAUUCCUGACUUCCUGGGAGGAGAAUGUGUGUGUGAAGUUCCAGAAGGGGGCGUGGUUCCCAAGGCUCUGUACCGGACAGCUGAGGAGCUGGAGACAGAAGAUAUCCGCCUCUGGACCGACACCAUCUACCACUCCGGCAGUGUUUUCAAGGGGUCUCCACACGAGCUGCUGAUAGAAAUCAUUGACGCCUCCUCUGUGAUCACCUGGGAUUUCGAUGUGUGCAAAGGAGACAUCGUGUUUAACAUCUUUCACUCAAAGAGGGCCCCCCAGCCUCCCAAGAAGGACACACUGGGUGCCCACAGUAUCACCUCCCCAGGGGGCAACAACGUGCAGCUCAUAGACAAGUCCUGGCAGCUGGGGCUCGACUACAGCAUGGUGGAGUCGCCUCUGAUCUGUAAGGAGGGGGAGAGCGUGCAGGGCUCCCACGUGACCAGGUGGCCUGGCUUCUACAUCCUGCAGUGGAAGUUCCACAACAUGCCUGCCUGCGCCACCACCAGCCUGCCCCGUGUGGACGACGUGCUGGCCACGCUGCAGGUCUCGUCGCACAAGUGCAAAGUCAUGUACUAUACAGAGGUGCUGGGCUCUGAAGACUUCCGAAAUGCUUGCUACGAUGUUGAGAGUUUGGGCUCCAUGACCAGUCUGGAGUCCAGCCACAGUGGCUUCUCCCAGCUCAGUGCAGCCACCACCUCUUCCAGCCAGUCUCACUGCAGCUCCAUGAUUUCCAGGUAGUGCUGCCACCACCUCCUCCAGCCAGUCUCACUGCAGCUCCAUGAUUUCCAGGUAGUGCUGCCACCACCUCCUCCAGCCAGUCUCACUGCAGCUCCAUGAUUUCCAGGUAGUGCUGCCACCACCUCCUCCAGCCAGUCUCACUGCAGCUCCAUGAUUUCCAGGUAGUGCUGCCACCACCUCCUCCAGCCAGUCUCACUGCAGCUCCAUGAUUUCCAGGUAGUGCUGCCACCACCUCCUCCAGCCAGUCCCACUGCAGCUCCAUGAUUUCCAGGUAGUGCUGCCACCACCUCCUCCAGCCAGUCUCACUGCAGCUCCAUGAUUUCCAGGUAGUGCUGCCACCACCUCCUCCAGCCAGUCCCACUGCAGCUCCAUGAUUUCCAGGUAGUGCUGCCACCACCGCCUCCAUCCAGUCCCACUGCAGCUCCAUGAUUUCCAGGUAGUGCAGCCACCACCGCCUCCAGCCAGUCCCACUGCAGCUCCAUGAUUUCCAGGCAGUGCCGCCUCUCCUCACCCACCAGCCUGUGCAGAGCCAGAGGAGGAUCCAUCCACACAGAACCACAGAUGAGCCUUCAAACUCCAGAAUGACACUCUUUGAUGAAACAGAUGGGAGCUGGUACAUUGAAAGCUGAUCGCUGGACAGUUGGCUGCCUUAGUAACGCAGCCACAUCAACAAGGGAGUCUAGGUCAAGCUGUGUGGGGUGGGGGGGCAAGCGGGGAGAGCCAAUUAAAUAGCCAAAUUUCUGUCCAGAGCAAUAAGUCAUUUCUAGGCGUUAUAGAAGAGUAAGGAGGUUGUUUGCUUCCUUUACAUUUUGGGUGCUAAUUGAAAUAAUUUAAACAGGUUUUUAGGAAUUCAAUGAGUGUGUGGUGAGCAAAAAUAUUUCAGUCUUUUAGGAAACUCAUUAAUGUUAGAACGCCUUUUCUAUGAGUAAUAUACGCUCUUGCCUGGCUAAAUUCAGUUGGUAACUUUUUGCUUACCAGCAACGGCAUGGAAUGGCAUAGUGUAAAAUAUCUCUUAUUGAUGUUGUCUAGUUUCUAUUAAUUUUAUGAUCUAACUCUAGUGCUGUUAGUCUACAAAUUUACUUACUUUAGUACAAAUUAAGCUGUACCCAAAUGGAUCCCUAUAGUAACAUGUGAAGUUACAUGAAAUUAGCAAUGUAUUUUUUAUUUGUAUGUUUAGCAGGAGAUUUAAGACAUGUGAUAGGUCCCUUGCCUCUUAUGUUACAGAGCUUACUGCCAGAAGAGCAGGCAGGGCCUACACUUAAUCAAGUGUAAUGAGCUGAAUCCAUUCCCGUUCACUAGAAGGUGUUGCAGUGUGGGGGAGAAAUAAGGACUUGCCAUUGGUUACGGGACAAUGAAAUUGGCAAGAUUUGUGUUACCCAACAGAGGCUCUGCUCGUUCAAAUAUAGAGCAAAUAGAUACAUGCUCCGUUUUCAGCAUUCAGACACUGUGAAACCUUUUUGAUUUGCUCUUGUCCUGUGAAGAGAUGAUUGAGCUCAUUUUAAACGGGACCAGAGCACAGCCCUGCUUUGAGAAGGGUGAGGACCAGAUUCCUAGCUGGCUGGCCAGAGGGUUAGAUGUUACAACAGCAGGAUUCCUUUUCUAACCGUGCUUUUUUAACAAUGUAAAUUAAUCUAGUUUGAAGUGGAUAUUUUGUAAUUUAUAGACCAUUUGCAAUAAUUCAAUUUUUCUGUAAAGUGUAACUCCACGCUUCAGGAGAAGCACCAUUGCAGUGAUUUGUGUUCUGUGGAACCCAGUUCAUUAAAUAAGCAUUGUGUAGAUUAUCAGAGAAACCUCUAACAGUGGGUACUCCCUUCUCCUGCUCUGUCGUCUAGUUUUGCUGUUAGUAAAUCUGGCAGAUAAUUGUGCACUGGUGUAUCACUCAUACAUGAAGCACAUAAACAGCACUAGACUAGCCUGGUACUCGCUCAGUUCAGACAGGGCUUGGGAAAUGAUGUUUUCUAAUAAUGACUUCAUGAAUGUUUUUGUUAUCUCCAGUCCUUUAUUUGGUGGCUUGUGCUUGUUUAGUCUGUCUCUGUGACCUAAAGGUGGGUGCAUUGGGGUGCUAUGCAGGGGCUGCUCAAUCAGUGCCCUGUAAUAAAGAAUACAGUGCACAACUGUUAUUCCAUGUCUCAGUGAGUGUGCAUCUUGAUACAGUGCACAGCUGUUAUUCCAUGUCUCAGUGAGUGUGCAUCUUGAUGCAGUGCACAGCUGUUAUUCCAUGUCUCAGUGAGUGUGCAUCUUGAUACAGUGCACAGCUGUUAUUCCAUGUCUCAGUGAGUGUGUAUCUUGAUGCAGUGCACAGCUGUUAUUCCAUGUCUCAGUGAGUGUGCAUCUUGAUGCAGUGCACAGCUGUUAUUCCAUGUCUCAGUGAGUGUGCAUCUUGAUACAGUGCACAGCUGUUAUUCCAUGUCUCAGUGAGUGUGCAUCUUGAUGCAGUGCACAGCUGUUAUUCCAUGUCUCAGUGAGUGUGCAUCUUGAUACAGUGCACAGCUGUUAUUCCAUGUCUCAGUGAGUGUGCAUCUUGAUGCAGUGCACAACUGUUAUUCCAUGUCUCAGUGAGUGUGCAUCUUGAUACAGUGCACAGCUGUUAUUCCAUGUCUCAGUGAGUGUGCAUCUUGAUGCAGUGCACAGCUGUUAUUCCAUGUCUCAGUGAGUGUGCAUCUUGAUACAGUGCACAGCUGUUAUUCCAUGUCUCAGUGAGUGUGUAUCUUGAUACAGUGCACAGCUGUUAUUCCAUGUUUCUGUUCCUGAUGCCAAUUUCUCCCAGUGCUCUGGGAUGCAUUCUCCCCAAAUCGCAUUCAACCUGAGGGCCUCUGUGUGUGUCUGCUUUUCAGAACUGUCUUGCUUGUGUUGCUCUGUUGCAUAUCGACAUCUCCUUAGGAUUUAUUAAUAUAUUCAUACUUUUGAAUUUAAUGUACACAAGUAGCCUUUAAAUAUUUGUAAAACUAUUAA